AUGGGGCGACCUUUUCGCCUCGCAACUACUUCUUUGGCGCUGCUUGUGCUGCUGGGUGGAGUCCUGGCCUCUAAUGACGAAUGUGGAACAAGGCCAACUGUGGAUGCAACAGGAUCUCGGAUUAUAGGUGGACACGAAGCUCAGCUUGGGGCAUGGCCAUGGCAAGUCAGUCUUCAAGUUUAUCGCCUUGGUCUAGGAUUUCUCCAUAUCUGUGCUGGAAGUUUAAUUACUAACGACUCAGUGCUGUCAGCUGCACACUGCACUAGGAAAAAGUUGUCCCCAGAGAUUUGGAGGGCUGUGUUUGGUUUGCAUCAUCUUUAUAAACACAGUACCUAUGCUAUAAAGCGCCGUGUUAGGGCUAUCACGGUCCAUACUUGGUACAACAGAGAGACCUAUGAAAAUGAUGUUGCGUUAUUUAAGCUAAGCAAACCUAUCAUAUACAAUGACUAUAUUCAGCCUAUCUGCUUACCUGACAAAUCUCUACGUCUGACUAAAGAUACUGAAUGUUACAUUGCUGGAUGGGGAAUGCAAAGAGAGGAUGGUACUGGGACUUUACAAUUACAAGAAGCUAAAAUAAGAAUUAUUCCACUAGACAUCUGUAAUAGAUAUGACUGGUAUGGGGGGUCCGUAUCAAGCAAUAAUCUUUGUGCUGGCUCGGAAACUGGACGUGUUGAUAGCUGCCAGGGAGACAGUGGCGGUCCUCUGAUGUGCGGUUUCCAAAAUAAUGCCAAGUAUUAUCUCAUAGGAAUCACAAGCUAUGGCUAUGGCUGUGGUCGGCCCAAACUUCCAGGAAUCUAUGUAAAUAUAUCUAAAUACAGAAGCUGGGUAGAGUCAAAACUUAGCAAAACCACCACUGCGAGCAUUCAAUCUGUUUUGAUCUUUUUGACUGUAGUGUGGGUAACUAUCCAUCUUGUUCUAUGAAGAGGCAAAUAAUCUUUCCAUUGUACUAGAAUUACUUUUAAAACUUACUGCUUUCUCUUGCAAACUAGUAUUUUUAAUGAUCAAUAAGAUUUCUAUUGUAUU